GCGCCAUCGCGACGGUGUUGUGGCAGUUGACCACACUGGCCACGACCUCCUCCAACAUCGCAUGCUGGUGGCGCUUGGAGAGCACCUCAGCGACAUCCACCGCAUCAGCGUCCUUGCCCACCCCCACGAAGACGACGUGACGAUCCUAGCCGAGGCAACUCCCUCCGCGCGACGACGACCUGCCAAGUACACGUCGCCGUGGACACUGCUCGGCCACCGCACGUCGACAUCCAUUGCUCUCCGGUUUCACACCAUCGUGGCCGAACUACUGGGCAAACGCAACGUGCAUACGCGGCAAUCGCGGGUUCUCACGCAAUCUGCGCCUCCGGCACGUCCACCAAUGUCGACGUCGUCGCAAUCGCAAGCGGACUCUGUGUCCACGUCGUUGGCGACUCCACCACCCACGUCAGCGCCAUCGCCCAUCGACCUGCCACCUCUUCCCCCGCUUGAUUUUACCCCAUCCAAACACCGCAAACGACCGCGCAGCAUGAGCUUGUCGUCGUACGAAACAUGGAAUCAAGACUUUCCAUCGAUUCGUCCCGGGAUGUCUGUGCGUGUGGUGCGUGCCGAGCGGGCCGGUCCAAGUGCCGUCGCCUAUUAUGUCAUCCAUGUUGUCGACUUGCACACCAAGGUGAUGUGGGUUUGCCGCAAACGCUUCCGGGAAUUGCAUGCGUUCCGCCGCGAGAUCAAAGCCAUGUGCAAGAGUUCUCCGUAUGGCGACGACCUCACGUACCUGUUUGACCAUUUGCAGUUUCCCCGUCGGUCUGUGCAAAAGGUUUCGUCGGACAUGAUCCUGCGGCGACGCCUGGUGCUGGAAGCCUUUCUCCGCAACGUCGCGAGUUUGUCGCCGGACACGCCGCUGCAUGUCGCCGUGGUUGGGAAGCUCCAGAUGGAGCUGUGUUCUGCCGCCUUUAUCACGCACUUGUCGAACGAAGUCGGUCCGUCGCAGUCGACGUACGACUCAGUGCCGCCAACAUCUCCCCACGACUUGAUCGAGCUCAAGUGGCUGGCAUUUGACUUGUUUCGGAAUUUGAACUCGUGUUGCACGAUUGAAGGCGACACGUGCCAGCGUUUUCUGCAUGUCUUUCGGAACAGAUGCGCUGUGGUCCAGGCAUGCGUCGUUUCAACGUCGGGCGGCCACGAGGACUUGGCGCGGAAAGCCCUCCACGACCUCCGAAAUGUCACGACGCAGAUCCAGCACUAUGUGUUGGACACGCUCGGGCCGCAGUACCGCCGGGCGAUCUCGACCGCGAUGUGCGACAGCCACACGAUGGAGGAAGUCGACGACGCUAUCGAGGAGUGCGUCCUCGUCACGGUGGAAGAUGCGGUCAUGGUGCCGUUGCAAGAACAAAUUACGUUUCUCGUGGAGCUCACGAUCGACGCGAAAGUGGAAGCUGCCGUCACGCGCAGCAUGGAGCACGAUUUGUACGGCAAGUCCCAGAGCUUCUUUGGCAUUCCGGAGGCGCUGCAGAGCGAGAUGAAUUUUGGCAAGGCGUGCUACCACUUGAGCAUGAUGGAAGACCGGGUCCUGCCCCACGAAAAACUCAAAGAGUUGGUGCUGUCGGCCAACGAGAUCUUUUCCGCGUGUGGCGAUACCUCGUGCGCGUUUAUCGGGCACGCGAAUUCCGCGAUGAACGCCGACGACUUUCUCCCGAUUCACAUCUAUGCCGUCGUCCACAGCAACUUGAAGCGCCCGUACUUUGCCAAGGAGUUCCUCAGCGCCAUGAUCCAUCCCAACAAGAUGCUUGGCGAAACCGGGUACUUUUUGACCAUGUUCGAAGCCGCCCUCAAGUACGUCAGCGAAUGCAUGUAACGACGCCUCGCAGCGAUUGGCCGAGCAUUAUCCUCCAAUAGAAUCGCAAAAAUCGUGUGAUUGGAUGAAAUGUUGAAUCCUCCAGCAACGAAAUCCCGCAGCAUUUUUGAUGAGACUUCCAUUAGAAUUCAGAGGCAUCACCUCGAAAUACAUCCCAAG